AAUGAGAAACAUUAGCGUAUGUGUGGCUGUUAAUGUGGUGACAGACUGUCCAUUGUGUUCACAACUGUGGUGGGACUGUGUUCUGUUACCGCCAGACGCUAACUAUAAGGUGGAUACAAUCUGAUCGGAUUUAAGGGGAAACAUUCAAUCAUCUGUGAUCGAUAUGAUCGACGCGGCAUGUUGGAAGUGACGGAAAUAGACAACUUCAUUUGAAGACAGGUGGCUCUCUCUCUGGAGCUGUGGUGGCCGAGCUGAGGAAAAUCUCCCUCAAAUGUUUGGCAGCACCGAUAACGCUGCAGCCCUGAAGAACUUGGAGAAAACUCAGGGAUAUGAGGGUGUUGGGGGAACGAGGACCCUUCGGACAGGGCAGCCGCAGCCCAGCCAGAAGCAUGACGAUGAUGAUUGCUGUGUGACUGGGGGAGCAGGAGCACCUAGCUCCAGCGACAACACCCCCGAUCAUACCCGGGCCUCAGGCUUUGACGCCAUCCUCCACGAGGUCCAAGAGCUCCAGGAAAACCAAGGUCGACUUGAGGAUUGCUUUGAAAACUUAAAAUCCUACCACCAACGAGAGUACACAGUGAAUGUGCAGAUCCUGCAAGAGGAACAAUACAGGUGGGAACGUCUAGAGGAACAGUUCAAUGACUUGACAGAAAUGCACCAGAAUGAAAUUUUCAACUUGAAAGAGGAACUCGCUGGUAUGGAGGAGAAGAUUGCUCAUCAUUCCAAUGACAUUGCAACAGAUAUUUAUGAGGUGCUGGAGGCUUGUCAGACACGUCUCUUCAAGAUGGAGCAGCAACAGCAGGCGGGGCAGGUUGAAGGUUUGGAGAGCGGCACGGCACGGACUCUUUUUGGAAAGCUAAUCAAUGUGCUGCUGCUGGCGGUCAUGGCAGUCGUAGUGUUCGUGUCCACCUGCGUCGUCCUCUUCAUGAAAACCCGCAGCUGCAUGCUUUACACGCUACUUUUAGUCGUCGUUGUCUUCUGGAGGCAGUGGGACGCAGUUUCAGAGUAUCUUUAUUACUUUAUCUGCACUCACCCUGAAAAGGGAGAUCAAUAAAACUGUUUUGACUCAAGCAAGCCAGGAAGCAUUGUGGAAAAGACACUGCUGAAGCUUUACAGUCACAUCUAAAUUGUUUUUUUAGAGUCUAAAAAUUAUUUUGCUACCAUUUUCCACAGGACAUGACACACCAACUCCUACAUCCUGUGAUCGGCUUGUUGGUGGCAGAAAUAGGCCACUUUGUGCUGCUGUAGUGGGAGACUCCAACACUGUAUAUACGAACAGGCAAUAUAAAGACAGCAUUUUACUAUAAAUGUGUAGUUAAAAUGCACACGAGCUCAAAAAAAUAAAGAUUUUAUUGCAAAACAAAACAGUAUAAAACAUCAGUUAAGAACGAUAAAUUCACUCUGCGGUCUUCUUCCCUCGUUUCCCGGUUGCUUUAGUAGCCGGGGCCUCACUGCUCACUUUAGCCGCCUUUCCUGCCUUUGGCUCCUUGGUGGCCUUUGCUGCUUUAGUUUUGACUGCUGGUUUUGCCGCUUCCUCGUCAUCCUCUUCUUUUUCUGCAACUUUUUUAGCUUUUGGCUUCUUUGCCGGAGCAACCUUUGUGGUAG